UCCAAUGUCAUUAACCUUACUUCCCAGACAAUAGAUGUCGGCCUGACCCAGAUGCUAUGGAAGUACUGUGAUUUUGACGAGACACUAAUUGUUGGAAGCAUUGCAUAUAAAGACUUAAUUGGAAAAUUACUGGGUCUAAACUGUCAUUAUGAGGAUGCUGUGAAGGAGGUGAUGUGGGGUCUGUAGAAUCUCAUGCAUACUUUAGUGCCUCAAGAACAGUCUGUGGUGGCUAAGGACGACUUGUUUCCCAUGAGCCUAGGAUUGCAUAUGGUCUUAACUAGACACAAUGUUAAUGUCGAGAAAGAGAUGCUUAAUGAAAGUAUUAUUAAGAAGACUGCCAAGGUGUAUGAAACUGAUUUACGUGAAAAAGUACAUUCAAGGUUCUUGCACAAAACGCUUGACGAGAAGUUUAAGGAGCUAUCUGGGGUUGAUACCAAAGACUGGCCUUUAUUCAAACUUGCAACAGCUUCGAAGAUGAUGUUUGAUCCUCAUGGAAGACUUAAACUUGGUUAUCCUCACAAGAUCUUCUCACACAAUGAGCUUAUGGUUAUUAGGCGUGAUGCACCUCUAUAUCAAAAAACCGUCAAUAAGGAACGUAUAUUGAAAGUCUAUAAUGACGUUAUUACUCUCCGUGAAGGCAAGGCAGAAUUUCUGUAUGAAUUGCGCAUCUUGGUUAAGGAGGCUAAAGCAGCACUUGAAACUGAAGAAGUGCAGGAGAAGCCUUCAGCAAAUGGUGUCGACUCCAAGAAGCAAGUUGGCUGCAAAUGUUUAACAGAGGAUAUCACGGUACCCAACAAAAGUAGCAUUGAUGAGGGGCAACACUGUCAUAUCACAGAUGCAGUUGAUGAAGACAUCUUGCCACCCAGGAAUAGUGCAGUUUCUGUUUUGCUUCAUACCUCACCAAAUCAUAGCAUGCCGCAAGGCGAUGUGCAUACAAGUAGCAUCGUUUCUGUGGCGCCUCAAGUAGUUCCAAGAAGCAUGGUUCCUGCUUCCCAGGAGGUCAAUGCACUCCGCACAGGUGUAGAAGUAAAGAUGCAGGAAAAGGAAAUUGAAAACAGUACUAGCGUCAAGCAGGCGAAUACAAUUCCAGAUGAAUGUAAUGUUGAAACUCAUACUACUGGAGGAGAUGAUCAGGAUCAAGAAACUAUUGUUGAAGGAAGAAAGGAGGCCGAAGGCAUGGGGAGUGUAGAUAACCCUAAAGAACUAAAAAUCCUGACCGAGGAAAGCACCAAAUGA